AUGAUUGCAGUAUUUGGUUUUCAAUAUACUUUUGUGAGACCUCUGCUUGAGCCUGAUGAACUUCCACAAAGUGUACCGGCUAAAGGCACUGUGACGAAUCCUCGCAGCGCACACGCCGCGUUUAACAGUGAGUCCCUGCAGUACGUCCCACGCAGUGUUGUGCGCACUUGGAAGAAGCGUGACUUCCUCAUUGUGCUCGGCAUCCCGUCCAUCGAUAUGGAUGUGAGGCGGAGGCGCCGUUAUCUGCAGCGUACGUCGUGCUGGCGGUUCUCCGGUGUGGCGACGAGAGCAAACAACUUCAGCGGUGCGAUGCUGGUGCUGUACGUACUGGCGCGGCACCCGUCGCACAACUUCACGUACUCC